CGGCCCCCGGGCCAUGCCGCCCAGCGCGGCGGACUCGCUGUACAUCGGGCUGGAGCUGGUGAUCGCCGCGCUGUCCAUCGCCGGCAACGUGCUGGUGUGCUGGGCCGUGGCCACCAACAGCAGGCUGAAGAACGCCACCAACUAUUUCCUAGUGUCCCUGGCGGUGGCCGACAUCGCCGUGGGGCUGCUGGCCAUCCCCUUCGCCGUGGUCAUCAGCAUCGGGCUCCGCACCGACUUCCACAGCUGCCUCUUCCUCGCCUGCUUCGUGCUGGUCCUCACCCAGAGCUCCAUCUUCAGCAUGCUGGCCGUGGCCAUCGACAGGUACCUGGCCAUCAAGUUCCCGCUCAGGUACAAGGGUUUGGUGACUGGGAGGAGAGCAAGGAGCGUCAUAGCUCUGCUUUGGAUUCUCUCCUUUGGCAUUGGCUUGACUCCACUCAUGGGGUGGCACACGGGCUUCGGAAACGCUACCGAAAACUGCUCCAAUACCACACAGCACCAGAGGGACCCUACCUGUGACACGGAUGUUGAAUGUCUCUUUGAGAAUGUUGUCACCAUGAGCUACAUGGUCUAUUUCAACUUCUUCGGGUGCGUUUUACUGCCACUCAUCAUCAUGCUGGGAAUCUACAUCAAGAUAUUUAUAGUGGCCUGCAAGCAGUUUCGGCGCAUAGAGCUGAUGGACAAUUCACGGACCAUCCUCCAAAGGGAGGUCAACGCAGCCAAGUCUCUGGCUAUCAUUGUGGGGAUUUUCGCCCUGUGUUGGUUGCCCCUCCACACCAUGAACUGCAUCACUUUCUUUCACUCUAAAAUUCAGGAGAAACGGGCCUUCUACGGGCCUAUCAUCUUGUCCCAUGCCAAUUCAGUCAUCAACCCCAUUAUCUACGCCUACCGGAUCAGAGACUUUCGCUGCACCUUCCGUAAGAUCAUUUCCAAGUACAUCCUCUGUAGGAAGGAUGAGUUUCCCAAGGGCAGCAAUGGACACUCCAGGAAGUCACACAUCAGCAAUGUGGACACCUGCCAUGCCUGUGUGUAACUGUCCCCUUCCUUCGCCACAAGGACACAGGUGAUAUCACUAUCACUCCCAGAUGAGCCCGCGAGAGGACAGCUUCCAUCUCAGUGCCUCAGCAGAUGGAAGUACUGGGCACAUCUGCAUGCUUUAAGGGAGGCUGAUGGUUGAAGAGGGAAAUCUACCACUGUGGUAUUAACCUCUGUUUUGGGGUGAAUUCUGAUGUCCUUAAGUUUGUUCAAAAGUUAACUUGGCAUACACUGUACAAGUACUUAGCCAUGACUUGCUGGUAGUGCCUUAUGUUUUUCACCAAUUAUCUGGUGCAGUGUGUAUUCUCAAAUGGGAGAGACUUUUAAGGCCAGUGUUACUGUGAAAACACGAGGGUUUCAGCCCAGAGUUUUUGGGCUACGUUAAAAACCCGUGAAACUUGGAUCCUGACAGAUGUGAACUUGCUCCAGGAAGGAAGUCUGGUGUGGAGGAAAUGGGAGCUAACUGUAAGAGUCUGUGUGUGAUUGACACCUGUGAUGAUUUAAAACCACUUUGUUUACAAAUGGUGCCGAGGGAAAGGUUGAAGAAAGGAGGGUUUGCUGCCAGUUCACGAGAUGGUUACCUUACCUUGCAUAGCUUCAAGGUCUUGCCUAACCAAAAAACAGGUAAAGGGGGGAGGAGCGGGUGUGAGGAUAAGAGCAGCGGCUCCCUUAGAGACGGGCAUAAACAGAGCACGAUUCAUCUGUAAAUACAUAACUAACCUAACUAGACAAAGGCAGUUCAUUUUCAUUUGUAUUAUUAUAACAUAAGACUGUCACUAAGUUUCAAUUCUCCCAUUGACAGCAGUGAGUAAUGGACGUGAAUCCUUCAACACCUUCUGCUGACAUGCUUGCUGGGCCUGCACUGGGCAUUAGCCCAGGAUGAGGUAAAUUAAGCUUUUAAAAUGAAGUGUGGCAAAAGACACUGUUCAAAACUGUGAGAGGUUUUCCGAUUUCGCAACAUUAGUUAGCUUAAGGCUUACGCUAAUUUAAGACUAAAUUAAAACUUUUUUUGUUUA